AUGCGCACUUGGAUCGUCCAUUUGAUAUUGGCGUCAGCCACAGCCGCCGCAAGCGUCGAUUCAUGCCCUGGAUAUGCAGCCUCAAACGUCAAGAAGGGGCACGGUGGCUUAACUGCGGAUUUGACCCUUGCUGGGACGGCCUGCGAUGCAUAUGGUUACGACAUCAAGAAUUUGAAGCUGGAAGUGGAAUAUCAGUCUGCAUCUCGACUGCAUGUUAAGAUUUACGAUGCCGAGGAGAAUGUGUACCAGGUGCCCGAAAGCGUACUGCCACUGCCGUCACCGGCCAAUGUCCAAGGCGCGGGAUCAGAUUUGGUUUUUGACUAUGAGGAAAAGCCUUUCUCAUUUUCCGUAUCUCGAAAAGGUUCGAAAGAGAAGCUGUUCGAUACGAAAGGGUCAAACAUUAUUUUCGAGUCGCAGUACCUUCGAUUGAGGACCAGCUUACCGGAAUCACCGAAUCUUUAUGGGCUGGGGGAAACUACGGAUCCUUUCCAGUUGAACACUUCGGACUAUACGACGACGAUGUGGGCUCGAGAUGCAUACGGUGUCCCUACCGGGACAAAUCUGUACGGUGUCCAUCCGGUGUACUACGAACACAGAGCGGAAUCUGGGACCCAUGCAGUGUUCCUGCGCAAUUCCAAUGGUAUGGAUAUCAAGAUCAACUCAACCUCGGAGUUGGGACAGUAUUUGGAGUACAAUACUCUAGGGGGAGUGUUCGACUUCUACUUCCUUGCAGGUCCAUCUCCCGUCGAGGCGUCUCAGCAAUACGCCGACCUCGUCGGACAUGCGGCCAUGAUGCCAUACUUUGGGCUUGGUUUCCACCAGUGCCGAUAUGGUUACCGAGACAUCUAUGAAGUUGCCGAAGUCGUCUCGAAUUACUCCCAGGCUGGGAUCCCCCUCGAAGUGAUGUGGACUGAUAUUGAUUACAUGGAACUACGCAAGUCCUUCACUCUAGAUCCUGAGCGAUUCUCCCUUCCGCUCAUGCGGGAACUAAUAAGCUAUCUGCAUGAUCAUCAACAAUCCUACAUCGUCAUGGUGGAUCCUGCGAUUGCAUAUGAAGACUAUGAGGCCUUCAACAAGGGUGUUGAGCUAGACGUGUUCAUGAAGAUUGAAGAUGCCAGCAUAUUCCAAGGAGUUGUAUGGCCAGGAGUCACCGCGUUUCCAGACUGGUUUGCACCCAAUGCAGGGAAAUACUGGAACGACGAAUUCGCUUCCUUCUUCAAUGCAGAAACUGGUGUGGACAUUGAUGCCUUAUGGAUCGAUAUGAACGAGCCCGCCAACUUUUGCAACUACCCCUGCGAAGACCCUGAAGCGUUCGCGGAAGAGAACGAUAACCCUCCUGACCCGCCACCGAUCCGUGGAGAUGAUCGUCCGACAAUUCCUGGAUUUCCAGGAAACUUCCAACCUGGAUCCUCCAAUAGUCGCAUUCGCGGGAGGCGACAGUCAGGGAAUAAGAUGGGCCUGCCAGGGCGGAACCUUAUCGAUCCGCCCUACAUGAUUGAUAAUGAAGCCGGCUCACUCAGUAAUAAGACGGUGAAUUCCAACCUCAUCCAUGCAAACGGACUGACUGAGUAUGACACUCACAAUUUAUACGGUACGAUGAUGUCUGAGGCAUCCCGAGAAGCGAUGAUUUCUCGCCGUCCUGGCCGCCGCCCGCUCAUCAUCACAAGAAGCACAUUUGCGGGCGCCGGUCGUCAAGUUGGGCACUGGUGCGGUGACAAUCUUAGCACCUGGGAUCAGUACAGGUUCUCCAUCCAACAGCUUCUCGACUUCGCCGCGCUCUUCCAAGUUCCCAUGGUCGGUUCCGACGUGUGUGGCUUUGGCGACAAUACCACCGAGACGCUCUGUGCUCGCUGGGCGACCUUGGGGGCGUUCUAUACAUUCUAUCGCAACCACAACAACCUGGGCGGUAUUGGGCAGGAAUUUUACCGCUGGCCACUGGUCACCGAGGCAGCGAAGACGGCGAUCGAUGCACGGUACCGGCUCCUCGAUUAUAUCUACACGGCGAUGUACCAGCAGACUCGCACCGGUGCCCCGGCGAUCAACCCCCUGUUUUACUUGUAUCCGAACGAUGCGAACACGUUUCCAAUCGCGCUACAAUUCUUCUUCGGGCCGUCGAUCCUCGUCAGCCCCGUCCACGAGGAGAAUGCAACCUCCGUGGACAUCUAUCUACCUGACGACAUCUUCUACGACUUCUGGACCUUGAAGCCGGUGCGCGGAUCGGGCGACUGGAUACAUCUGGACGACGUGCCGUUCACCACCAUCCCACUCCACUACAAGGGUGGCUCCAUCGUCCCGCUGCGAGCGAACAGCGCCAACACGACUACGGAGCUGCGGAAGGAGAACUUCCAUCUAGUCAUCGCGCCGGGGCUAGAUGGCAAAGCAAGCGGAUCGCUCUAUCUCGAUGAUGGCGAUAGCUUAGAGCAAUCGGGCAUCUCGGAUAUAGGGUUUGAGUAUAACGGGAAGAAGCUGAGGGUUAAGGGACGGUUUGAUUAUCCGACGGACUUGGUGAUUGAGGCGGUUACGGUGCUGGGGAAGGAGAUUCCAUUGGGGGGCGCUGGAAAGUUGAAGAGGGCGUUCAAUGCGGAAGCGCGGAUCGAGACACUUUCCACGAGGAUAUCCCUUAAUGAGGAGACGGAGAUUGAUGUAUCCUAG